GGUUGAGCAAGGUGUGGGGGGCAGGCCAGUAAGCUGUGACUGGACAUGGCCUCUGCUUCAGCUCCUGUCUCAAGGUUCAGGCUUGACGUCCUGUCCUGACUUCCCUCAGUGAUGCGUUGUGGUGUUUGAAGUGUAUGCCAAAGAAAUCUUUCCUCCCUUGCUUUUGCUCGGCAGGCUUUCAGGGCAACAGAAAGCUGACCAGAACAGCAUAAUUAUUUGAGCCUACAGGGAGAGUACGCUGAGUUCUCCAAGAGCCUCUUCGAAGCAGCUGUACCACUUAGCGCCCUUACCGCAGCGGUUCUGCUUCAUGCUGGCCAGGCCUGAAACUUCUCUUCUGCAGUGAAGUCUCCAGCUUCAUCUGAGUUAGAGGUCUCUUGAGGGAACUCCUCAGACUUAACACAAGCUGCGCGCAGCAGGAACAGAGAGAGCCCUGUCUCUAGGCUGUGUGCCUGCCGCUGACAUUCCAUCUCCGGAUCACCUCUAACACCCGAUACAAAGGAGUGACCACACCAGCAAUCCAGACUGGGACAGUUGUGGGAUUGGAAGGAGACUGAACUGAAAACGUGAGCUGACUGGAAAAUGACGGGCAGAGCCCGAGCACGGGCCCGUGGCAGGGCCCGCGGCAGGGCCCACGGUCAGGAGACGGUGCAGCAUGUUGGGGCUGCCGCGAGUCAGCAGCCUGGGUACGUCCCACCAAGAACUCAGCAGCCCCCCACAGAGGGGGACUUGGUCGGCCGAGGACGGCAGAGAGGAAUGGUAGCUGGAGCCACAUCCAAGUCACAAGAGCUGCAGAUCUCAGCUGGGUUUCAGGAGCUGUCAUUGGCAGAGAGAGGAGGGCGUCGCCGAGACUUCCAUGACCUUGGUGUGAACACCAGACAGAACCUUGACCACGUCAAAGAGUCAAAGACAGGCUCCUCGGGUAUCAUCGUGAAGCUAAGCACCAACCACUUCCGGCUGACCUCGCGCCCACAGUGGGCCCUGUACCAGUACCACAUCGACUAUAACCCCCUGAUGGAGGCCCGCAGGCUGCGCUCGGCGUUGCUCUUCCAGCAUGAGGACCUUAUUGGAAGGUGUCAUGCUUUCGACGGGACAAUACUGUUUUUACCUAAGAGACUACAGCACAAGGUCACAGAAGUUUUCAGUCAGACUCGGAAUGGGGAGCACGUGAGGAUCACCAUUACCCUGACCAAUGAGCUGCCGCCCACCUCACCCACCUGCCUACAGUUCUACAACAUCAUCUUCAGAAGGCUCUUGAAAAUCAUGAAUUUGCAACAAAUUGGACGGAAUUAUUACAAUCCAAGUGAUCCGAUUGAUAUUCCAAAUCACAGGUUGGUGAUCUGGCCUGGCUUCACUACCUCCAUCCUUCAGUAUGAGAACAACAUCAUGCUCUGCACGGACGUCAGCCACAAGGUCCUCCGCAGUGAGACCGUUCUGGACUUCAUGUUCAACCUGUACCAGCAAACAGAGGAGCACAAGUUCCAGGAACAAGUGUCGAAGGAGCUUAUAGGCCUAAUUGUCCUCACCAAGUACAACAACAAGACCUACAGGGUGGAUGACAUCGACUGGGACCAGAAUCCAAAGAGCACCUUCAAGAAGGCAGAUGGCUCAGAGGUCAGCUUCCUGGAGUACUACAGGAAGCAGUACAACCAGGAUAUCACGGACUUGAAGCAGCCAGUGCUGGUGAGCCAGCCCAAGCGGAGGAGAGGCCCUGGAGGCACAUUGCCGGGCCCAGCCAUGCUCAUCCCAGAGCUCUGCUACCUCACAGGUCUGACUGAUAAAAUGCGCAACGAUUUCAACGUGAUGAAGGACCUAGCGGUGCACACGCGACUGACCCCUGAGCAGCGGCAGAGGGAGGUGGGCCGCCUCAUCGACUACAUCCACAGGGAUGACAACGUGCAGAGGGAGCUUCGUGACUGGGGUCUGAGCUUCGACUCAAACCUGCUGUCCUUCUCCGGAAGAAUCUUACAGUCUGAGAAGAUCCACCAGGGUGGGAAGACGUUUGAUUACAACCCGCAGUUUGCAGACUGGUCCAAAGAGACAAGAGGCGCACCGCUGAUCAGCGUGAAGCCAUUGGAUAACUGGCUGCUGAUCUAUACCCGCAGGAAUUAUGAAGCGGCCAACUCACUGAUACAGAACCUGUUCAAAGUGACUCCAGCCAUGGGCAUCCAGAUGAAAAAGGCAAUCAUGAUUGAGGUGGACGACAGAACAGAAGCUUACCUGAGAGCCUUGCAGCAGAAGGUGACAUCAGACACUCAGAUAGUUGUCUGUCUGUUGUCAAGUAAUCGGAAGGACAAAUAUGAUGCCAUCAAAAAGUACCUGUGUACAGACUGCCCUACCCCAAGUCAGUGUGUGGUGGCCCGGACCCUGGGCAAGCAGCAAACAGUCAUGGCCAUUGCCACCAAGAUUGCCCUGCAGAUGAACUGCAAGAUGGGUGGUGAACUCUGGCGGGUAGACAUGCCUCUGAAGCUGGCAAUGAUCGUGGGUAUCGACUGUUACCAUGACACCACAGCUGGGAGGAGGUCCAUCGCAGGAUUCGUUGCCAGCAUCAACGAAGGGAUGACCCGCUGGUUCUCCCGCUGCGUCUUUCAGGACCGUGGCCAGGAAUUGGUGGAUGGGCUCAAGGUGUGCUUGCAAGCUGCUCUGAGGGCUUGGAGUGGCUGCAAUGAAUAUAUGCCUAGCCGUGUCAUUGUGUACCGAGAUGGUGUAGGGGAUGGACAACUGAAGACCCUGGUCAAUUAUGAGGUCCCUCAGUUCCUGGACUGUCUCAAGUCAGUUGGGAGAGGUUACAACCCAAGACUGACUGUGAUUGUGGUGAAGAAACGUGUCAAUGCCAGGUUUUUUGCUCAGUCUGGGGGAAGACUCCAGAACCCUCUACCGGGGACAGUCAUCGAUGUGGAGGUCACUAGGCCAGAGUGGUAUGACUUUUUCAUCGUGAGCCAGGCAGUGAGGAGUGGGAGUGUGUCCCCAACACACUACAAUGUCAUCUAUGACAGCAGUGGCCUGAAGCCUGACCACAUCCAGCGACUGACCUACAAGCUCUGCCAUGUGUACUACAAUUGGCCUGGAGUCAUCCGAGUUCCUGCACCCUGCCAGUAUGCACAUAAGCUGGCCUUCCUUGUGGGCCAGAGCAUCCACAGAGAACCGAACCUGUCCCUGUCCAACCGCCUCUACUACCUCUGACCAACAGCGAGGGCCUGUGUGCUGGCUUCCUUCCAGAACUCUGCCAAUCCUUCCCUUUCUACUUUUCACAUGACUGUUGUUCUAGAGGGGGUUUGGGGUGGGGGUCAGGGAGCCACAGUUUGGUUUUUAGGGUUGGUAUGUAGCGGCUAUAGAUUUAGGUUAUAGGUUUGAUGUUUGCUUUGUUUCUCAUAGUGUGUUGUGACAGCUUGCUUGGCAGAGCUGUAGCAAGGCCCUUGGUACCACAGAUAGACUUUCCUAAAGCAGCCAUGUCAGCAGGUUCUCAGAGGUGCUCCCAGGAGAACCUCUUACUGUACACUGCUCUAACUUUGUUUCAUGCAUGUUUGUGUUUAAAAGGGGGGAAAGACAUGAGGCAAGGGUGCCUUUCGGUAUUUCUUUUAAGAGUUAGGCCAUACAGAAUGAAAAGAAUUGUUGAAAAGAUCUCACCUUUUCUUCAUGGAAGUGUUUUCAGACUGAUGGGGCUGGCCGUAAAGAAGUGGAUGCUGUUAUUUGUUUUGCAAUUUUCUUAUCAAGUAAAAUUAGUGACCAUCGCUUUACUUAACAGGGUAGUUUUUAGUUUUUGAAAGCCUGUAUUUUAUUUCUGUUUUUAAACUACUUGAGACCACUCAGGGAUAAAAUUUCGCCCCUUAAAGUAAAUGUGUCUGGUGUGGUGGCAUAUGCCUGUGAUUUCAGCAUUCGGGAGAUGAAGCUGGGAUAACCCCAAAUUCACAGUUAGCCUAGGCUACAUAGUGAGACCUUGUCUUUAAAAAAAAUAGAAAAUAGAGCAGUAGAGUCCAUGGGUGCCAGUGUCUGUAGGAACUUUUGGGAGUGAGCACUGCCUCUGCCCUAGGGUCUGGAGGGCUGCGACUUGUGGGGCAGUAUAGGUCCCACAUCCAUUUGAUUCUUGCAAAGAGGAGGCUUGGAGUUCUGUAUGUUAUGAGAGCAGCUUGCAGUGUGGCUACGGGGGAUGAGUUGUACUCAUCGGUGAUGUGUGUGUCCCUGGCGCAGCUCAAUAAA